AUGCCUUACUAAAAGAGUGAACUCACAGUCAACUUCGAUUAUAAAUAACCGGCACAACCGAGUUAAGCACAUAGUACUGAACAAGUUUUGUUUUGUUCUGUGGACGUUAAUUAUCCGACACAGGAAAAAAGAUGGAAAUUGUCCUGGAGCGCAUUGGUCCCAAGAAAGACAUUAUCGUUGUGAAUAAAGAAAUUUUUUCAUGUGGACGAAUGAAAGACAAUGACAUUAUAUGUCUCAGUCUUCUGGUAUCAAGGAAGCACUGCACUUUUUCUCGAUUUCCCACUACUCUCUAUGUAUCUGAUUUAGGGAGUUCCAACGGUGUAUAUAUUAAUGGUGUAAAAAUAGAGGAAAAAAAGUCGAUUCCACUAAAUGACAAUGAUAUCGUUGGUAUUGGCUGUAAUGAAAUAAAAAACUUAGACGAUUCAAUGUAUGUUUUCAGAGUGAAAAAAAAGGUAACAAAUCUUAGUUCUAGUAACAACUGUUUAGAAUCUGACAGGCAGUCUCUCAAGGAGCAAUCAAAGGCACGUAAAUCUGAUCUAAACAGCGUACCAUCUAAAAUUGUGAAAUGCUCUGAUCAUCGUGUACAAAUAAGUUGUACCAAUGAGGAUGACUGUAUAGAAAUAAUUGAAUGUACGAGUACUUCGAACACAGAAGGAGGUCAAAGUAUUCCUAAAUCUAAAACGAAUGACGUAAAUUUUUGUACAAGUAAUGUUGUGAGCACCAAACAAGAAAUUUCAGAAGUUAUACCUGAUGUCAUUGAAUUAUCAGAUUCUGAAGAUGUAAAAUGUAAAAUUAAUGUAGAAUGCUUAAAUAAUGGUACUUGUACAAAAAACAUAGAAAUUAAAUCAACAAAAAUCAGUGAAUAUGAGAGUGUAUCACUAACCAAUGAUAUUCCAAAUACGGCUAUUAGUAUACCUUCUAAUCAUGAACAUGCAAAUAAUCAAGAGCAACUUAAUGAUGCGAAUCAUGAUAUAGUUUCUGUAAAAGAAGAACCAGACUGGAGUCAUUUUUCACAGAUUGACGUAGUCGAAAUAGACAAUGAUCACGAUAAUAAUGUCAGUAUAUUUACAUAUUCACAAAAUUUCGAACAAGCAGCCAACAUUAAGGUAGAGUGUGAAAACGAGGAUGACCAACUUCAAUCUUCCUUAUUUUUUGAUGAUGAAGAUGACAAUAUUAUAACAAUUCUGGACAGCGAUGAGGAUAAUAUAGGAGCAGAAAAUAAUCAAGUUGAUUAUUCGCAAUUAAUCCCUCCCAUCAAAAUAGAGCCAGAAUUAAGAGUUGAGAUUAGGGCAGAUAGUCAAAAAUCAGUUGAUACUUUCCAAGUUGAUGAACAUUUAGCUCAACCCAACUUGAGAGUAGAAGUAUCAGCUAGCAGUAAACCAUGUGUUACUUAUGUUGAAGCAUCAACUUUAGGUAUUCAUGAGCAAAGUGAAAGUGUAAUAAUUAAUACUGUUAAAAUCUCUAAUGUACCAGAGAAACAGAAAACUUUUUCACCAGUUAAUAACAAAGAUGUAGAAGAGCAUGUGUUAUCCAGCAUCAGCAAAAGACCAAAACCAUCGGAGCAGGAAUCAGAGAAAUCAUCUUUAAAAGAUAAAGUACAAAAAAAAAUUGGUAUUGAAAUAGUAGAACCGCAUCAUUUAAAAACAAGUAGACGAAGUAGAAACUCUGAAAAGGAUUCCAGAAGUAGAUCAAAAAGCAGACAUGAAUUUCGACAAAGAAAAAGUCAUUCCAAGCUUACAAAACACAAAGAUACAACCCGUUCCUCCAAGAAAAAAGGUAAAAAUAGGGAAUUUGAUAAUGACAAGGAUAUGAAUAAAGAAUUAAAUUUUAAAAAUCUAAAAAGUAAUAAAAAAAAUUCUGCCCAUGAAGACCUAAACAGUAAUAAUACUAGCAAAGAAUUAUUCAACAUGUCUAAUGAAAACUCUAUUGGUAAUACAUCAAACUCAAAGCUGCAAAACCAAAGUAGGCCAAAAUAUAGAACAACCAAAGUUAAAGUUAAAGUCAGCCAAAAGUCUCGUGGGGAUAUGCUUUGCGAUUCGAUGCUAACAUUAAGACCAGAACAAAAGAAAAACAAAAACUUAGAUGAAGCUCCAAUAAAGCCACCACUAACACGACUUGAUCCGGUGUUUGUUAUCCCACGCCGUCAAAUGCCUUCUUCAACUAAUUAUAAUAAUAUUAAUGUUGGUGUUGUUUCAAGUACUGAUUCUAUUCCCGAUAGACUAAACAGUCCACCUCCAUUGAAUUCGUCCACGGAUACGCUUGCAGUAAUACCAAACAUAGUAAAUCAUGCAGAAGACUCGCCUCCUCGAAAUAAUUCACCUUCGCCUUCAACUAUAGAGCCGAUGUAUACUGAUGCACCUUUUAAGGAUCAAAAUUUAAAACCAUCUCUAACAAUUCCUUCUUUAUUAAAUAAUAGACGUAAAACUGUUUCGUUUAAUGAUACACCUGCUGUCAAAGAGUUUCAGAUUAUAGAUGGAAAUAAACUUAGAAACAUAAAAGAUGGUUUAAGUCUUCGAAGUACUAAAAAAGAUUUUGUUUACUACAAACAAAUGGAAUUAAAAAUUGAGGAUUUCUUAGCUCGAGUAUUUGUAUGGGAACCUAUUUGGCUUCAGCAGCAAAACGAAGUAAAAUCUUUACCUCCUAUAGUUAAACACAAUGAUAAACAACCACUGCCUCUAGUUUUCAACUCAUUUCAACAGUAUUACAAAAGAAUGGAAGUGCUUCUAUUAUUAGAAACAUGGCAGCAAUUAUUAAAAGAGUUCCAAUGCACUGGUAUAAGAGAGAAGCAGUCAGAGAUCCAAGAAUUCUGGAAUACAGUUGUCGAUAAGCAUCUGUUGGAUUUGCCCAAUAAAACGGAACAAUUUGCUGUUGCCAUGUCCAGCGCAACAGAGAGAAUCCCAAAAUUCGUGUCUACAACUUCAAUGACCAAUGCACUUAACUCGCUGUCAACUAAAAUUGACAACCUGACACGAGCCACAGACUCAAUCAAUAAUGCUCAGAGAACUUUCAAAAAUUCAAAGGUACCUCCUUUCAUGCCUCUGCUCUUAAUAACCAGAGAUUUCAGAGAAGUCCUAAUAUACAUGAAAGUAUUACAAACAAUAAUUUUAAUUCAACUUCUGGCCUUGACAUUGAUAAUGACAACCGUAAUCAAAGAUUUAAAGACUAGUGACCGUCUAGAUAUCAUUGAAAAUGAUAACUUAAAAGAAAAAUAUACCUUAGCCGAAAUUGAAUCAAAGAAAAAUUCAGUCAGGGAAAUGGAUCCUAGAGAAAUCCUAAAUAAACUAAAAAGUUUUAGAAUGGCUAAAGCAAAUAUCACAGUUUCUUCAGUCAGAGCGAAUCUAUAUCGUCAUAAAAUAACAUCGAAAGAAAAAGUCAAUGACUUUAUUGAUAAGUUUGACAACGCAGUUAGAGAAUAUAAAAAUUCAGACGGUAUGGUACUUUUGGCUAAAGAAGAAAAGAAGUUGGCGUUCUAUCAAGUGGUAGCAGACAGAUUUUCAGAGCUGCGUACCACUAACACGGUAGAAGCAGGAAAACAAACGGACUCCUUGGCUCAACAGGAGAGCUUCCACUUUUAUGCUCUCAGUAAGUUAGAGCCAGACAGAAGUGUAGAAAGAAAUUCUACAGAGAUUAAUUUGAAGGAUGCCAAAGCAAAUCUGGCUGUGGGAAUUCAGAGAUCAAUAGAUCGAACUGACAGUACCAUCAAGUGCUACCGGUGCAACAAAUUUGGUCAUAGAAUGAAUUCUGGCCUGCUACGCACCACCUACAUCUCGGAGAUGUAUGAAAAAUCGAAUUGGCUGAUAGAGUUAGGAGUUGAUAACAGUCAAGACAAUAUUCAGAAGAAAAAUCAUAAUAAAUAUCAAUGUUUAGCACAAAUAGUUUCACUCAAUGACUCCAUAGCGCAACAUCAGACGUACAUCAUAGAUAUUUACGACCGUCAAAUUCAGACACUUAUGUUAGACUCGGGUCUGCCUGUCAGUAUGUGGUCUUUGGCAACUGAGGUAGCCAUCCGCUUACAAAACAGAACUCUUCACUAUAGUAUUGAUUUAGAAACAUCUGUCAGUAAAGAUCAGAAGUCUCAUCUAGACACAAUCAAACGUUUUAUAUGCCUGGCUUACGCCAAAAUUCCAAUACCUCAAAAUAAAUUUUCAGAGAAAACACUCAAGGCUAUUUUA